AUGCCCCCUGGAGGCGACCCCGCUCCUGGGAGGCCCCCUUGUGGCACCCUUGCUCCUGGAAAACCCACUGGGAGGCCCCCUGGGUGUUCCGCCGUCCCUGGGAGGUCCCCUGGGGGCGCCACUUCCCUUGGGAGGCAGCCUGCGGGAGCCCUCGCCCCCAAGAGGCUCCUGGUACGCCCCCUUGGGGCGCCACUGCCCCUUAGAGGCCCCCUGGUGCUGCCUGCACUCUUGGGAGGCCCCCUGGAUGCUCAGAGGCCCCUGAAACGCCCCCGCCCCUGUGAGGCCCCCUGGGGCACCAUCACUCCUGGAGGACUCCUGUGGUCGUCGCCGGCACCGGGAGGCCCCUGGGGGUAUCUGUUUUUAAGCGGUUUAGAACUCUGGGGGAUGUGA